AGCCACCCAUCUCUUUCUUUCAUGACAGGUUUUGGGCUCUGUGCACUGAUGCUGGAUUGUACGUGGAAUUCGUAAUCCUCUUGAAGAUACCAUAUUGUAGAACUGUCUGUCUCUGAAUUUGGGUUUAAUUCCGACGUUACCCAUUUUUUGAGGUACUUGAGAUUCGUCCGAGUAUACGGUUACCUGGAGGAUCGAUUCUUUGAAUACGACCCUGCUGGAGAGUAGAUUGUGUGCUGGACAGUGUGCAAUGGGGGGAAUGCCUUUGUCCAUGUUUUCUGCAGCUGGGAGGUUUUCUUCAUUCGGAGCAUAAAUUCUCGAGGGGGAUUUGGAUUGCAUCAAAUUAACCCUCUUGUUAGAUUUUCGAGCAUGAAAUGCAAGAACUUGAGACUUAGAAGCUUUGUUGUUCGUAGUCGAUCUGGUUCGGAUCCGAAGUCAAAGAUUAUCAACAAGAGUGUUGAUUUUCCCAAGGAUUACAAUGAACUCGUCAACCAGGCAAGACGAGCUGCACAAGCUGCUCUGAAAGAUGAUAAAACUUUGCUGGAAGUGGAGUUUCCUACAGCCGGGCUGGAUACUGUCCCAGGUGAUGAAGAGGGAGGCAUAGAAAUGAACACGAGCAUUGUGCUGAUGAAAGAAUUCUGUACAAUUUUCAAAGAUGAAGCUCCCACAACUCGUAUAUUCUUCCCAGAUGCGAAAGAUAUGGAAUUAGCGAAGACCAGCAUUUUUGAUGGAACAUCAUUCAAGCUAGAUUAUUUGACCAAGCCAAAUGGACUCGAGGACUUCGGGUUCGGUAGUAAAGUGAAGAUGGCAGAUCGUGUGCAGUCAUCAGAUACCGUUUUUGUAGUGGCAUACCCUUAUUUCAAUGUCAAUGAGAUGAUAGCUGUUGAAGAGCUUUACAAGGGUUCUGCUGCUGCAUCGAAUCGUCCCAUCAUUGUAUUCAACGGAGAGCUUGAUCGAAUCAGAAGUGGGUAUUAUCCUUCUUUCUUCUACCCAAAGCUUGGCUCUAUAGCUAAGGAGUUCCUUCCGAAGUUUGAGACCGUCUAUUAUAUCCAUAACUUCAAGGGAAGGUCCAGAGGAGUUCUGUUCAGGAUGUAUCCAGGACCGUGGCAGGUAUUACAGAGGGUGGGGGACCACAAGUUUGUGCUUCUUCAUGAGCAAGCAUCCAUGCCUUCACUUAAAGAGGUGGCGUUGAAUAUCCUACCCACUGCUUAAUACGUCACGACAUUCGAUGUCUGUCCGUAAUAUUUUGCCUCUUAGUAGGGUUAUCAUCCAGCUACGUGAACACUGUUGCAUUUUUGGUUUUAACAAUCUACUAACUUGGGCCAUGUUUGAAGUAGUGAGAUUAGUUAAUGGAAUCCAUGUUCUCUCUAAUAUCUGCAGCCCCACAUCCCAGGUCAUGCGUUCUGAUAUGAAUGUCAGUUCUAUCUUAAAUAUAUCAUGUCAUUCAUAUAUACUCACAAAAGACUAAGGAUUGCAAUGUGACGAUUUCACAGCUUCCAAUCUAA